AUGCACGGCAAUACCGGGAUGGCAAAGCUUGAUAUUCUUUGCGGCUCGGCACUGGAUGUGAUGCUGUGCUUAGCCUUCUUGGGCGUCGCCAUCCAGGUGCUUCUGACCUCCGAAAUUCUGCAGGAACGGGGCACCCGGAGAUCACCAAGAGCAAACGUUCGACACCGACUUCUUUUCUACUUGCUCUCCCUUUGCUUGCUGCUGGUGGGAAUGGGCCGUGCCAUUGCGGCACUACAGCUCUCUUCAAUGCCCGGCGGGCCCGGGACAAUUGCUGAGCUCCUUCCGCCCGUAUUCGCGCUGGCAGCCUCCAUUUCAAGCAUCGGUGCAGCAUCCUUGCUUGCGCUUGCAGCUCCGCGGUUGGCGCAGCUGAGAGAGGCACAGUCAGGCGCAGCCCGAGCCGAUCUUGAAAGUGGCAUUCCUGCGAAGGUGCCCCUGGUUACUUCGCCUUCCCCGACGAAGGGUUUGGCUUCGCCAACGAAGGGCUUGGCUUCGGCUGGCGCCAGACCCGGAUCGCCGCAGGGCGGCGGGAGCCCGGGCCACGAAUGGUCGAGAUUGGAUGAGAACCUCCGGCCCACUGCGGAUGCUUUGCAGCUGAACUCGAAGCAGGUCAUGCUCCUCAUUGCGGCACUCUGCGAGCUGUCGAAGAAUCGAGCGCACUGGGCCCGGAAGCCCGAUGAGACCUGGGGAAAGUUCCUUCAGGCUCUCCAUGAGAUCCUCACAGAGUCGAAAUCACGGCCGAUGUUACCCGCCGAGGCGUGGUAUGAAGUUUCCCGAUGGUACAGCUCACUAUCGGACUCGCGGCUGACGCAGCUGCUGCGAGCCGCGAUGGUCUUCCACGGCUGUCCCAAGCCCAAGGAGGCUUUGCAGUUGGCCAACCUUUUGUGGCCAAAGGUGCUCGGGGGUGACAAGUUUGCCUACCAAGUCACCGGACCGACUGGGAGCUGCUGGCAAGGCUCGCGAGGUGGAGUUUACCAGGAUUUGGCGACAGAGAUGGGAUUCACCUACGAGUUGACCUACAAGCUGAUCGAUGGCUACUUCGACAAGAAGGAUAGCAAGGUCGAGAAGAGCUGGGUCGAGGUGCAGAGCCCGGUAGGCCACCCUGUCCUGGACGAGGAGGCAUCCACCUCCAACUCGGCGAAGGAGCCCAUCAAGGGCCAGUGGCAGACGAAAGGCCCCUACACGUUCAUCGCUGCCGGGAACAAGUCUCGGAUCUUUUUCUACACCGGUGGCACUGCAUGUACCAGCAUCGACGACGUGAUCGUCAGGAAGACCAAGGAUCCCAAAUACGUCGUGUACAAUUUCGCCCAUCUGAUCAACGAUGGCCACUUCAUGGUCACCAAAGGCGCCUUUCCGAAAAAUGCCUCCGACAACUCCAGCGAUGGCAGCUCCUUGCAAGUGUUAAAGGACAACGUGGUGAUCAUGAAGCCGUCGGAGAAAGCCGGGGACCAGAGGGAGGCGUCGCAUGGAGAGAAUGAUCUCGAUGUGAACACGCUGCAGCUCACGGGCGGUGGCUGCAGCCGCGUCUCUGGCUUUGUGAGGUACACACCUAAGCCGCUGUACGAGUAUGACGAGAAGGAGAUGAUGAAUAGCAGCGUCUUAAGCAGUGUAACGUUUGAGGUGCAGGAGCCCAUCGGCAAUCCCGUCAAUCCGCCCGUCAACAUCGGCGUGACUGGCGCGGUGAUCAACGCCGUCUUGGAUCCCUCGCCGGAGCACCUCAGAAUCAGGGUGAAGAAAGAAGCCAGUGUGAAGAGCAAUGACACGGACAAUGUGGUCGAGGCCCAGCUCUACUUCUUUUGCAAGGGCGGCGACCGCAUGAGCUAUCGUUCUGGAUGGAAGCUCUUCACGUACCAGUUCGCAGGCAACGAAGGGCUCUGCCUCUCCAUGGGGGCACGCGACAGCAUGGGCAUGGGUUGCCACGAGGUCAGCUGCAGGAAGAACCCCAUCAGCGACGCCAGCCUCCAGCCCUGCAAUGAGGAGGACUGGGCGCAGAACUUCUACCCAGAGGGCCCAUUGGUACGCUCGGCCUCGCCUGCGGAGCGCUGUCUGGCCGUGGACUAUUCCGCGCAUGUGGAGCCUUGCAAGCCCAUAACGCUGAAGAUGUGCAACGAGUCGGACCCGGGGCAACGUUGGAGCAUCGUUGGUGGAGACUCUGCCCAGGAUGCGGCACUGUUGAAGAUGGAGGAUGGUCUGGUGGCCUCGACCCCGAAGGCGAAAACGCAGCUGGCCUCCUUCGACAUGCUGAUCCAGGCCUGUGACGAGAAGGAGGUGGCGGCGGUGAAGCAGUGGAAUCAGAUCCCUUCCCCGACCGUCGCGAGCCUGGUCAUGGCCCAUGAGCUUUCCACGAACUUCACGCAGAAGGCAUCCGGAAGUGGGGAGCUUUUGCUCUCGGACGUUUGGGCGGAGGCGGUCUGUCCAUGGUUCUUCAACCCGCCGCUCCACACGGACAGUAAAUUCAUCAAGUGCUACAACAGUGAUCUCUGCGACCCGGAAGAGGAUGGGGAGGACUGCUGCGCCACGAGAAAGGGCACCUUCAUGUGUUCCUCGUCAGCGCCGUACAUGUGCAAAUCCAAGACCAACGGCAAGGCCCCGUCAGACUACUUCUGCGUCAAGGACAACGCCGACUGCGAGGAAUACGACGGUCGCCGCCCGUGUGAGGGCCCUCCCGGUGACGAGGGCAGCGUAGGGGAACCCGGCGAGGAUGGCCUGCCCGGUGAGGCGGGUUGCAGUCAGAACCGUGACAACAGGUAA